GGCAGAGAGAGGAGUAGUUUGUUGUGAGACCCUUGUAUCUCCACUGCCACUCAUACUCAGGCUUACAUUAAUUUACAUACCAUAUUGCAGUCAAGUUUAAUCUGGACAUACAAUACUGAGGUUUGGACUUGGCUCCAACGGACACUGCUCUCAUGGGUACUGUAGCUGCAGCAUCAUGCUGCCAUGUUACCGAUGAACACAUGGAAACUGUACAACAGGAGGAGGUUCAUCGUGAUCAUGGAGGCCACUGAGAGAAUGAAAACCAACCAAGACUGCAUCUACUCCACUGUCAACAGGCUUAAGACGAAGGGCUAUCCUGGUGGAAAAAGUGGUUUCCAUAUUAUUGUGGAAAACAAGGACGCUGGGCAAACACAAGAGGUUGCAUCAAAACUUCCCUUCACCGCAUUGGAGAACCUGAGCAACCACAGGGAAGAAUCGGCCGUGAUGGCUCACAGGAGGUCAAGCUUUGAGACUCACCGCAAUGAAAACAGUCUCCCAGUGGACAACAAGCUCCACCGAUCCAGUGGAGGCAAAAUUAAGGACAAAAUUUCUCUGUGGGAGGGAAAGGAACCCACUCAUUCAUCCAUUAUCUCAGGUUCUUCAGGCCAGAGUGCACAAAUGACAGAAUCUCAGACGAGAAAGACUGCGGAUGAGCUGAAAGGAGAGAGCAGGAGGGUAGCCCUAAAGGAAAAGGAAAUUCUGGGAAAAGACACUGGAGGUAAACUUCAUUCAAGGCCUUGCUCACCGGUUGAAAGUGGAAAACAGCAAAGAGGAACAGCCAAUGGCAGUCAACAAGAGGAGGAUAGUAAAAGAGUGGUUCAAAACAAAAAACAAGAUCCAGAGAAAGAGAAUGUAGAAAAGCUUGGAGAAUCCAGGCCGGGUUCACCUAUGGUGCCGAUGCAGCAUGAGACAGGGACAUUGAGGAAAAGCGGUGAUAAAAGAGCAGUAGAUCACAGCAGCCAGGAGAAGAGAGCUGUUUUCACUCUCUUUAAAAAUAUGGAAGCUAUGGGAGACAAUCACGGGAAAACACUGCCAGAGCUUGGAAAUUACUUCAGCCCGCCGUGUAAGGACAAACAGAUAGGAGGGAAAAAUGCAUCCGAGGCGAUCAGAAAAGGGAAGCAGCAACAGGACCACAUAUACACAGAGCCAGGGUCGCUCCCCAUCAACCCAGUCCCCAAACCCAGACGUACUUUCCAGCAUCCAGUGGUUGCUCCCAUGGGGAGACAGAGGAACCUCCCUCCUCUGCCCUCCAUCUCCAAAUUACCUGCCUCAAAACAUCCUGCUGGUGUCUACAGGAGGCCCAGGAGUGAGAGAGUCCAAGAGAACAUCAGCAGGAAGUCAUUUGAGUUUGAAGACCUUGCAGAGACAGCUGUCCCGCUCGUCUCCCAUUCACUGUCUCAGGAACAUCAUUAUGAAGACAUCCUGGAUUCGCCCAAAGAGAACCCCUAUGAGGAUAUAGAACUGGAGAGUCGAUGCUCGCAGCAGUCUUUGCCCCCCUCUCCUGGUGCUGACACUACAAAGGCUUCAAGGCCAGGCUUUUUCAGGCAGAAUUCAGGCAGGAGCUUUAAGCUGCUGGACCUGCGGAGAACCAGCCCGCAGGCCCACAGUGUCAGCUGUGGAGGCGUUUCAUCUCCACCCCAGCUCAGCCCUCCCUCCACACCCACACCCACCUCCACCUCUCCUGAAAACACAUCCUGGCUGGCCGGGGAUCCGUACAGCCGCAGCUGCCGCAGAAUUCCAACGGUUGUUCUGAGGAUCAAUAGCAUCUUUGAAGCUCGAAUCAGAAAAAAACACCUACGAAGGAUCUACCAUUACGCGGAGACAAGCUCAGGAAGAGUAACGGAUGACAACAGUGACUCUGAGAGUGAAAUCGAAGAAAGAGCCAAAGCUCACCGCCAGCGCCUUGUCUCAGUGAAGUCCAUACUGAGCCAGCCCAGCCAGCCGCAGGUCCACUACAAUGGCAGCAACAUCAGCAAGAGCUCUCUGGAUAAGGAGCUCCGUCAGCGCAAGCUCUUCGAAUAUUUCCUGGUCGUGUCACUGCAGAAGUCCAAGACAGGAACCCACUAUGUGCCGACGGUCACACAGCAGUUCCCACCUAAGUUGGAGCGAAGCUUCAUGCUCAUGAGGGAGACGGAGGAUCAACUGAGGAUCAUUCCUCAGUUUUGUUUCCCCGAUGCUAAAGACUGGGAAUCAGUGGAGAGUUACCCGAGCGAGAUGUUCUCCUUUGUGCUGACCGGAGUGGACGGGAGCAGGAGAUUUGGAUACUGCCGCCGUUUACUGCCGAGUGGAAAAGGCAAACGUCUACCAGAAGUCUAUUGUAUCGUCAGCCAUCUUGGCUGUUUCAACCUGUUCUCCAAGGUGCUGGAUGAGGUGGGAAGACGCAGGGCUCUGUCUCCAGCCUUGGUGCAGCCGUUCAUGAGAGCCAUAAUGGAGGCCCAGUUUCCGGCUCCGGGCAGAACCAUAACCAUUAAAACUUUCCUCCCUGGCUCAGGCACUGAGGUGAUGGAGCUGUGUCGACCCUCUGAUUCUCGCCUGGAGCACGUCGAUUUUGAAUGUCUCUUCUCUUGUUUGAGUCUGCGUCUGCUCCUGCGGGUGUUUGGCUCUUUGCUGCUGGAGCGAAGGGUCAUCUUCACUGCCGACAAUCUCAGUACACUCUCCCAGUGUUGUCAUGCAGUGGUGGCACUGCUGUAUCCCUUCGUAUGGCAGCACACUUACAUCCCUGUGCUGCCCUCGGCUAUGCUCGACAUCGUCUGCACUCCGACCCCAUUCAUCGUGGGCCUGCUGUCCAGCUCCUUGCCCCAGCUCACUGAACUGCCCCUGGAGGAGGUUCUCGUUGUGGAUCUAGGCAACAGUCGAUUUCUCAGACAGUUGGAUGACGAGGACUCCAUCCUGCCCGCCAAGCUUCAAUCAGCCCUGGAGAAUGUUCUCGAGAGGAGGAAAGAGCUUGCUAAUGAGAGAGGAGGAGACAGUGACUCUGUACAUCUCAGCACCAUUGUGUCCGAGGCCUUUGUCCGUUUCUUUGUGGAACUGGUGGGCCACUAUCCGCUCUUCAUCACCGGGGAGCGAGAAGACGGCUACUCCUCCUCCUCGUCCUCGUCGCCAGGCCUCUGCUCCUUCCAGCGGGAGGGCUUCCGCAAAGCGUUCCCCUCCAAGACGGUGCGCCGCUUCGUGGAGGUUUUCAUGGAGACCCAGAUGUUUGGCUGGUUCAUUCAGGAGAGGGAGCUCCACCAGCAGGCUCUGAAAGGACUGUUUGAAGUGAGGGUGCAGGAUUAUCUGGACUCCAUGCAUGAAAAUGAACACCGAAGGGUUAACAGGUUUCUCAAGGGCUUAGGAAAUAAAAUGAAAUUCCUCUCCAAGAAAUAAUGCAACACCGAAGCACUGGAACGAGAAAUACAAGGAAAUAUGAGCAAUGAAAUGAGUGCAUUUUCAGUUCCGGUAAAGUCCUCAUCCUCUUCUGUGUCAGUGAGUGGGUGGGUUUUUAUCUAAAACUCAUGAUAGACACAUAGUGACUGUAGUGAAUUAAAAUGAUCUCUACCAAGGGAAAAUGCUGCUGUAUUUCUUUGAUAUUCUUCAAAUAUUCAUGAACAUGAAUGACACUAUAUAAAUGUAAAAAUGUAGUGUGUAACCAUCAUAACCUGCAUGAUUUAAUUAAUUAAAUUAAUGAGAAGGUAAAUCAUAUAGACAUGGCACUGAAUCCUCAAUUGCUAUUCACUGUGGUUUGACUUGACCGUUUGAAGAGACACUGUUUUAUGACUCCACCAGGGGGCAGUAGUAUAUUCUCUCUGGCUAAAUGAGCUUGGUGACAGCCUUGAUCCUUAAUGCUUCAAUUUUCCCUUUAGUCAAAAAUGGUGAAAUUAUUGUAAAUGCGUUUAUAAUGACAAGUUAUUAAAAUGUUCCUGUUUGAUGUUAAAAAA